CGCGUUUCCAACUAACCCCAAGUUCUUCUCUUCUUAUUUUUGCACCGACUCGCCGGCAAUUCUGGCGGUACUUUUCGGAAACAAGCUCAUUCUUCAAACCGUGAAAGAAAAAUGUCUUUUUACCAGGACCACAAACGACCAGCGGACUUCUGCCUAACUCCUCCCCUGACUCCACAGCGCUCACAUAAACGGGGCAGAGACGACAUGGAGCAGCUGUCCCCGGACACAAAACGCAUCCAAUUCCAGCAAAUACACAGCCAGGCGCAUCUAUCUACUGUCAAAAUGAUGAUGGAUGCAUCGAGGAAGCAGAGCCUUGGUGCCCAUACGCAAACGCCCGACGCUGGGGACGACCUGGCCGGCGCCGAGCCUUCGUAUACGCCGCAAAAGCCAUUUUGGCCUGCCAUCGCUCGACUUCGGCAAACGUGAAGACGAUUGGGUUGUCCAGAAAAUUGGCGACAUUCGUCUUCGCACAAUAUGGCCCAGGCCAGGACAGGUCCUGGCGUGUUUCCUUGAUGGAAGUCAGCACUUGGCUACGGCGG